UCAUCUCUGGCCAUACUAUGUUUUACUUUUCCGGGCGCUCUGCCCAAAAGUAAAAUAAAAUAAAAAUUUCCCCUCGAAGCAAAUGUCGCCGUAAUUGACAGCUGCCGCAUAAGCAUCAGAAAAACCGUUCUAGCCGUUGAGGCGAGUUUCCCGUCUGCAGUUCCAUCGGUGUAACCGAGAGAAUCCGGAAAAUGACUCAAAAAGUAACCAAGCUGGCACUGGUCAGCCGCCUAAUGGUGCUGAUAGUGCAAAUGGCGGCGAAUGGAGCUCUGCCGGAGCACAAACCGGAUGUAUUCCGGAUGCCAGUGGGCCAAGAUUUGGACGCGGAGAAAAAGCCCUGCUGCGAAUGGAUGGAUAAGCUGGUGAUGUGGUGUUUUGGCGGACUGAGGAACUGGGACGGCGAGUACUUUCUGCAUAUAGCUGGUAACCUGUACUCCUACGAGAACAGCUUGGCCUUCUAUCCUCUGUAUCCGGUUGUGGUGCGUUACGUGGCAUACUCGUGCGAGUUUAUCGGGAUUCCCUUGUCCCAGGAAGCGCUGCUCCUGCUAGUGGCAGUUAUCCUGAACCUCUGGCUGUUUUGCGAGUCCGCCAACCUGCUUUUCCAGCUAACCCAUUAUAUGUUCAACGACCUCAACAAGAGCUGGAACGCCGCUUUAAUCUACUGCUUUAAUCCGGCCACGAUUUUCUUCACGGCGGCCUACUCGGAGACCUUCUUCGCCUAUGCCAGUUUCUAUUUGAUGUAUGAGUGCCUAAAGCCAUCGCAAAAUUUUACGUUCUUGCGCUUGGGAGCCGCUUUGACCGCCUGCCUGCUGUGCCGCUCAAAUGGACUGAUAACCCUGGGAUUCCCGCUUUACUUCUUUACACGACAUUUGAUUAACGAGAAGUCCAGCUCUAUUUGGCAACGUGGAAAGAUGGCUUUAACGAUUGUAGGAGCUAUCGGGAUUCUACACGGCUUCUAUUUCUACGUUUACAGGCUGUACUGCCUGCCCACCAUGACGGUGACGCAUCCCAAGCAUAUUAUGGACUAUGCGGCGGAGAGGAAGUACCUAACAUCUGGACAAGGACCUCAACAAUCUCCCUGGUGCCAGUACACGUUGCCCUUCCCCUACACCUACGUGCAGUCGCACUACUGGGAUGUGGGCUUCCUGCGCUACUACAAAUGGAAGCAGCUGCCCAAUUUCCUGCUUGCCCUACCCAUGCUGAGUUUCAUGCACUGGCAUUGCUACGAUUACCUGCGGGACUUUGUCGCCAAGGUCUGGGCGAAGCUCACACCCUCUGGAUAUCGCGACCUCAUCAAGGAGCAUAUUACAUUCCCAUUCGUGCUGCACGCCGCUUUUCUCACCCUCGUUUGCACUGUUUACGUGCACAUCCAGGUGUCCACACGACUCCUGGCCUCGGCCACGCCCGUUUUCUACUGGUUUGCCGCCGACCAUAUGCCAAAGACUCUGGCUCAGCUCAAACUACGCUCCAAAGCGGGUGCUCUCUUUAUAUGGUGCACCACCUACAGCUUGGUAGGAACGGUGCUCUUCUGCAACAAUUAUCCCUGGACGUGAGCUGACUGUCGCUAUGGGGUGGGAGAACAUAGAGCUGGAGGAGGAGCCGCUAGUUGCCAAAGAGACUGUAAACUAAUUGCUUAUUAGUGUGUAAAUAAUAAUCGUCCACCAAAUUGAAUGACAACUUAUGUUGAGGCGCUCAAAGUAUUGGCUUUCAAUGCACGUUUUCAAUAAUAUCCUAUUCGUAGUUUAAAAUUUUUGGAAAA